AUCUAUUAAUAAAAAAAUUAAAAUGUAAAUAUAAAUAGAAAGCAAAAAGCAUCGAUCAUGGAAGUGUUCAGUUUCGGUUGCAGCAGUUACUGUUGCAGUUGGAGCACAACCGUCCCUGCGAUUCCAUCGAAGUUCGCGUCAACACUUAACCACCAUCUUCUCCUUCUUCGGAACACCAAUACGCGAUCGUUUCCAUCUUCACAAUCACUCAUCACUCUCAGAAGAAAAAGGAGAUUUUGUGAGAAGUUUUUAGCUAAAAUGGCUAAUUAUGAAGGAAAGACAGUCACUAGUGAUGGCACUGGUGUCAGCUCAGGGAAAAUGAUUUACAAGCCUAUUUUGGGAGAUGGAGUCUUCCGAUUUGACUGUUCUGUAAAUGAUAGAGAUGCAGCAUUUCCCAGCAUUUCUUUUGUGAAUAGCAGAGAUCGAGACACACCUAUAACUAGUGACAAGGUUCCUGUAUAUACCCCUACUUUUGAGUGCCGGCUGGAGCAGCAGGUUGUCAAACUUGAGUUCCCUACAGGUACUUCUCUCUACGGAACUGGAGAAGCUAGUGGGCAGCUUGAAAGGACAGGGAAAAGAGUUUUCACGUGGAACACAGAUGCAUAUGGUUAUGGUCCUGAAACUAUGUCCUUGUACCAAUCACAUCCAUGGGUGUUAGCUAUUCUUCCAAAUGGGGAGGCAUUAGGAAUUCUUGCUGAUACUACAAAGCGUUGUGAGAUUGAUCUGAGAAAAGAAUCAACAAUACAGUUUGUUGCUCCAUCCUCAUAUCCUGUCAUUACAUUUGGGCCUUUUGCUUCACCCACAGCUGUUUUGAUAUCUCUAUCAAAAGCCAUAGGGACCGUGUUUAUGCCCCCCAAAUGGUCAUUAGGCUAUCAACAGUGCCGUUGGAGCUACAUGUCUGACCAGAGGGUUCUGGAGGUAGCAAGAACAUUCCGGAAAAAGUCUAUACCUUGUGAUGUGAUAUGGAUGGAUAUCGAUUACAUGGAUGGUUUUCGUUGUUUCACCUUUGACAAGGAGCGUUUUCGUGAUCCCAAGUCUUUAGCAGAAGGCCUCCAUUAUAAUGGUUUUAAAGCUAUUUGGAUGCUUGAUCCUGGCAUUAAACAGGAAGAAGGUUAUUUUGUAUAUGAUAGUGGUUGUAAAAGUGAUGUUUGGGUCCAAAAGGCAGAUGGAACACCUUUUGUUGGGGAGGUGUGGCCUGGGCCUUGUGUCUUCCCUGACUAUACACAGUCAAAAGUUCGUUCAUGGUGGGCUAAUCUAGUUAAAGAUUUCGUUUCCAAUGGUGUUGAUGGCAUAUGGAAUGAUAUGAAUGAACCUGCUGUUUUUAAGGUUGUAACAAAAACAAUGCCUGAGAACAAUGUUCAUAGGGGAGACAGUGAACUUGGCGGUCAUCAGAAUCAUUCUUUUUAUCAUAAUGUUUAUGGUCUGCUAAUGGCAAGAUCAACCUACGAAGGUAUGAAACUGGCAAACGAAAACAAACGACCAUUUGUUCUCACCAGAGCUGGAUUCGUUGGUAGCCAAAGGUAUGCCGCAACAUGGACUGGAGAUAACCUUUCAACCUGGGAGCAUUUUCAUAUGAGUAUCUCUAUGGUACUUCAGUUGGGACUCAGUGGUCAGCCAUUUUCUGGUCCUGAUCUUGGGGGAUUUGCUGGAAAUGCAACACCUAGGCUUUUUGGAAGGUGGAUGGGUGUAGGUUCCUUGUUUCCCUUCUGCAGAGGUCAUUCUGAAGAAGGCACAAAAGACCAUGAACCCUGGUCUUUUGGGGAAGAGUGCGAAGAAGUUUGUCGAUUGGCAUUGAAGAGGCGCUACCGCCUUAUCCCACUUAUCUACACACUUUUUUAUUUUGCUCAUACAAGGGGCACUCCAGUAGCAACACCUACUUUCUUUGCCGAUCCAAAAGAUCCUAGUCUGAGGAAACUUGAAAACUCGUUUUUGCUUGGACCAGUUUUAGUAUAUGCAAGCACCUUCCGCAAUCGGGGGUUGGAUAAGCUGGAGUAUACUUUGCCUAAGGGUAUUUGGUUGAGUUUUGACUUUGGUGAUGCACAUCCGGAUUUGCCAGCUUUAUAUUUAAAAGGUGGAUCAAUUAUUCCUGUGGGUCUCCCUCUGCAACAUGUUGGAGAAGCUCGUCCAUCAGAUGACUUGAUGCUUCUUGUGGCCUUAGAUGAACAAGGGAAAGCUGAAGGUGUUCUAUUUGAGGAUGAUGGUGAUGGAUAUGAAUUCACCAAAGGCAAUUAUUUAUUAACACAAUAUGUGGCUGAACUUCAGUCAUCGGUUGUUACUGUGAGAGUACAAAAAUCUGAAGGAUCAUGGGGAAGACCCAAACGCCGCCUUCAUGUUCAAGUAUUGCUAGGUGGGGGUGCAAUGCUUGAUACCUGGGGCAUGGAUGGAGAAGUUCUGCAAGUUAUUCUGCCUUCUGAAGAGGAGGUAUCGAAGUUAGUAUCUACUAGUGAGAAGGAAUACAAGGAACGAUUAGAAAGGGCAAUUCAGAUUCCUGAUGCAGAGGAGCUUUCUGGACCCAAGGGGACAGAGCUUUCAAGAACUCCCAUUGAACUGAAAAAUGGUGAGUGGGUUCUUAAAAUUGUUCCCUGGAUUGGCGGCAGAAUCAUUUCCAUGGUGCACAUUCCUUCAGGAACACAAUGGCUGCAUAGCAGGUUAGAAACCAGUGGAUACGAGGAGUAUAGUGGUACAGAGUAUCGAUCUGCUGGAUGUUCGGAGGAAUACUCUAUCAUUGAUCGAGAACUUGAGCUUGCAAGGGAAGAAGAAUCUAUGGUAUUAGAGGGUGAUAUUGGUGGAGGAUUGGUUCUUCAGCGGCAGAUCUAUUUUCCAAAGAAUGCUGUUAGCACGUUUCAAGUAGAAUCAAGCAUAUUAUCCCGCAGUGUUGGAGCUGGUUCUGGAGGAUUCUCAAGGUUGGUCUGCUUAAGGGUUCACCCAACAUUUGAUCUUUUGCACCCAUCAGAAUCUUUUAUUUCUUUUGCCUCAAUUGAUGGAUCAACGCAUGAAGUGUUUCCCGAAAGUGGAGAGCAAUUUUUUGAAGGAGACCUUCUUCCAAAUGGUGAGUGGAGGCUCAUUGAUAAAUGUCUUGGAUUGGCGCUGGUCAAUCGAUUUAACGUAACUGAGGUUUUCAAGUGUCUUGUUCAUUGGGAUUGCGGCACGGUCAACCUGGAGCUAUGGUCUGAGAGCCGGCCCGUUUCAAAUGAAUCCCCUCUCAGAAUUUCCCAUCAGUACGAAGUCGUGAGAAUCCCAUGAUUAUUUCUAAACUGCUCACUGCACAUGGUAUCCGCGUGUCCAGAGCAGCAGAACAGUGCUAAUAACUUGCAUAUAAAAACAUUGCAGCUAAUUCAAAAGGUGCCUUCCACUUAACUGUACGUAUAUAUGCUUGGAACUUUAGCGUGAAAUUGGGAAUGGAAGUAAGGAAUAAAGGAAGGACUGGGAAUAGUGUUAUCCCAAAUGGCCUAAUGUUUGCGAUGCCAUGUUUGUUCAAAUGCAACAAAAAUUGCUAGCUUGGAACCUAAAUUUUCCUUGAUUGUGGGAUCAAUUAAGUAACACCCCAUCCCCCGUUUUCUCAUCUUCUGAUGGCAAUACCAAUCAUUUACCCCUCCAUUACCAUCACGCAGCUUUCCUAGCUGUUUAACACCGUGUUUUAACUUUGCUUCUAAGAUGCAGUCUUUACUUUUGCAUUGACGAUACACUAACGAACACAUUUCCCAAUAAUCAUACCAAACUGGUUAUAGAUUCAUUAUAAUUCUUAUCUGACAGCCGGGUGUCAUUCAAAUUGAUGCAGUUUUAUCAUGCCCUGCCAGACUUUUUGUAAAAUCUUUUAUUAAAUUUCAUCCAUUCCUUCCGCUAAAUUAUCUGCCAUAAGGCAAAUUCCAGUCCAGUCUUAAAGAUAAAAUAGCAGCACUUGUCUGAUGAUGUUAAGAUCCAUAACCAUGAAGAAAGUAAUGCAAUCUACCGUCAAAAAGGAGCAUCAAGGAAAUAUCAGGCAAAAUGUAGUGGAGCUCUCUAGUUAUGAGAUUUCGUAUAACUCCAUGAGCACCCUCAACAGUGCCCAAUAGAAUAACAAAUCAUUCAGAUAUAUGACUUCAGACAAACAAGGAGAUGUAUGACUCAGAACAAUAAGUAGACUCCACAUUAUUUACAUCGACAUUGUUAGACGAACCUUGAGAAAAAUACUACUAUAUUGUCACCAAACUAGAAGCUUUAUUUAUUCUAGGCUUCUAGCCAAAAUUACAUUCACCAUGUAAUUUGACUCAAUCUGCACUCCACGAAAAAAUUUGACAAGAAAUCAGUGUCUUAGUGAUAACCAAUUGGAGCAGCAGUCUCUCGUAACUCUCGGCCUUGAUAAUGUACAUCCUGCAAUUCAUUCAAAAAAUAACACCAUUAGCAAUCCAAAUCAUAAUAUCAUAUACCAAACACACCUUCAAUAUUUUUUCAUCCAAGAUUAACAAAAGGGUAUAAAUAAGCUUACCGAUGCAAAGUGGUUGACGUCCCGGUGGUGCGCUUCAUCGGCUCUGACGACCAUAACCACAUCCCUUAGAGUAGAAUCAGGUGGAAGCUGCCAAUAGUCAAUGGCUAUGGCUGGUGCUGGCACAUUCUCUAUAUUGCCCUUGUCAAGCUCCUUAAGGAACUCAGUGUAGGAGUGUAUUGCUUCCUCCUCAAGGUACCCAACCAUGCGGUGUGCAAAUUUGGGAGACACCAAAUACCCCAAGAAGUAGGCAUUGAAGAAAACACCUUGAACUGCUAUCACCAAAGCACGCUCAUACCACUUUGGCUUGGCCACUUCCAUGAAGGUCAUUAGGUGCAUGCGCUCGUUCUCUGCUUCUUCCAGCAGAGCUUUGAUCCAGCCACCACUGUGCUCGAAUCGUCGCAGCGAUUUGCAGUGGAGGAGCAUCCCUCCCACCAUGCCAGGAACAGCUGCCACUGUCUCCAGCAUCAUUGCUCGGCAUCCAUAUCGUCGCUG